CACCAACCGGUUGUAACAUAUUGUAAGGUUAAUCUCGAAAAGCGCUUCUUACAAUCAAACACUCGCACGAUGUCUCCCAUCCAAGACUUUUACUCUCAGCAGACGAUUUUUCUGACCGGAGCCUCCGGUUUCCUCGGCAAACUCAUCAUCGAAAAAAUCCUCCGGAAAUGUCCCGACAUCGGAAAACUCUACAUUUUAUUGCGUCCCAAGCACGACCGAGCUUUAGAACAGCGCUUCAACGAGAUUUUUUCAAACAGCUGUUUUGAGCCAUUGAGAGGUCAAAAUAAGGACUUUGCGAAGAAGGUGCAUAUCUUGAGUGGCGAUUGCAGCCAGCCUAUGCUCGGGAUGAGUCCGGAAGCUCAGGAAAUCGUCAAACGGGAAGUCACGUGUGUGAUCCAUGCCGCUGCUAAUGUUCGGUUUGAUGUUGACCUCAAGACGGCUGUUUUUACCAACGUGAGGUCGGUGAGAGACCUUAUGGAUAUGAUGAAGGAGAUGGAAAAUUUGCGAGCUUUCGUUUAUGUGUCGACAGCGUUUUCCCAUUGUUAUAGGGAUAAGAUCGACGAGGUGUUUUACGACGUGGAUGUUAAGCCGGAAAAAUUGCUACAGAUUAUGGAAGUUAUGGACGAUCGAACUUUGGAAGUUGUUACGCCGCACCUCUUGGGUGAGUGGCCUAACACUUACGUUUACACAAAAGCAGUAGCAGAGGAAGUGAUUCGAUCCUAUAAACAAGUUCUUCCAGUCGCAAUUGUACGUCCCGCCGUCGUUAUUUCGACGUUUGAGGACCCCCUUCCUGGCUGGAUCAACAAUUUUCAUGGCGUGGUUGGGGUGGUAGUUGGGGUAUGUUUGGGUGUUUUGAGAACCCUUCAUUUGGACGAAAACCUUCCUGCUAGAGUCGUUCCUGCUGAUUAUGUCGUCAAUAACAUACUAGCAGCAGCUUGGGAAGUGGAACAGACGAAAAAUGAACCAAAAGAUAAAUUAAUCCCUAUUUAUAAUUUUCCGGGUCACAAAAACAAUUUAAUUACUUGGGACAAUCUUAUUAACGAAUUUAAAAAAUUCACAUUUGUGUAUCCACUAAGUGAUGCUGUUUGGUACCGAUACAUUCAAACAACACGUUAUAAACCUGUUCACAAAAUCCGGGAAUUUUUCUACCACACUCUUUUUGCCUAUUUAGUGGAUUCAGUAUUGUUAGUUGCUGGCAAAAGACCAUUAGCUGUUGAAAAAUAUCGCAAAAUCAGUAAACUCAUCAGUUUGCUCUCGUUCUUUACAACACGCUCUUGGACUUUUGAAACUAAUAACACGGAACGUCUUUUUGAUAAACUUGAUGAUAAGGAUAAAGUUGUUUUCAAUUUCGAUAUGAAGAGUUUCAAUUGGGAGAAAUACUGGGAUAAAGUUAUUGUAGGUGGUAGGAUUUACUUACUAAAUGAUCCUCUCGAGACGGUGCCCAAAGCUAAAAAGAAGAUGGUUCUGUUAGCUGCUAUUCACUAUGUGUUUAUUAUAAUGAUGGUUUGUUUGUUGUAUUGGUUUUUUGCGCCUGUUGUAAAAGCUGUUUUCUAAGUUGUUUGUAGGAUUGCUUAAUUUUAUUUAUUUUAAUGUAUGUACAUACGUAAGUAGAUAUAAGAUAAGGUUAUGUGUUUUUAGGAUUAAAAGCUUAAUUUAUUCGAUGUAUAGUCAAUAAAGUGUUUUGGAUAA